AAAAAGUGCAGCAAACUUCAGACUCAUUGACUGCAGGCUUAACAAGCGUCGGGGCUUUUCUUCUUUCUGCAGCUUGAAAGGAUCUUUGGAUUUUGCAAAACAGUCCCAAGUGAACAAUGGCCAACUUCUUCUUACGGGCAACUUUUGGAUUAUGUCUGCUGAGGCUCUGUCUAUCAGAAACAGAAUUCAAUAUAAGUUGCAGAUAUGGAGGAGUUUUUCAUGUUGAAAAAAAUGGCCGCUACAGUCUCACACGAUCUGAAGCAGUUGAACUCUGCAGAGCUCUCAACAGUACCUUGGCAACACUAGAGCAGCUGAAGAAAGCUCAUGAGCUUGGAUUUGAAACUUGCAGGUAUGGUUUCGUGGUGGGGCAUAUUGUUAUCCCACGGAUCAAUCCCUAUCAUCUUUGUGCAGCAAAUAACACUGGCAUUUACAAACUUUCAGCAAAUACAACUGCUCGGUAUGAUGCAUACUGUUACAAUGCGACAGAAACAGAGGAAAAAACAUGUGAGCCAGUUGUAAAAAUAGAUACUUCUUUACUGAGUAAUCAGGAUGAAACAGUCAUUGACAACGCGGAUGGCUCCCGUUACAAUGUGGACGGCACACGUCAUACCGGCGGAGAGUCCUCAACCUCAGGGGUGGAUGAUGAAAAUGCAGGGAGUGGAUCAACCCAUGAGACAACUCCCAUGGAUGCCUCCAUCAGGAGAUCCAGCCCCUCCUAUUAUGGGAGUCCUACUCCAGUCUCACAGCUGCCAGAUCAUACUUCUGGAGGAGGGGAGAAAGGAAUUCCUGGAAAAGAUUAUGAUGAUGAAUUUCCAUCUGUAUCACCUGACAUCUCUUUGGGGACGGUGGCCGGUGAUUUCCGUGAAGAAGAUGAUGGGCAGUAUCCUGCAAGUACUACUAUGGUCCCCAGCCAUGGGGCCAAACAGAACGACUCAGCACAAGACCCAUUGGUGUACCCAGGCUGGGAUGAGGGAGAGGAUUAUGCCACACAGCCUGCUGUAACGGAGAGAGUCACUCCUUCCAGAGAGAACAAUCAUGACAGAGAGUCUUCCACUUCAGCUGUUGCCUCUCCUGAUGGUACCCACCACAAAGAGCCAACUCAACCACUUCUGCCUUGGGAUAAUGAAUCAGAAAUGAGCACUGAAGGCAUCAUGAAUCCCACAGAUGCCCCCAGGGAUGAAGUUCUCCACAGGACCACAGCCACUAUGAUCAAAACUGUCACAGCCUCCACUGACAUUCUGGCACCAGAAGAUAUAACCCAGGAAGGAUGGGCACCUCACCUUGUGGUAACAGCUGCUUCCUCUCCUGAUGGUGCCCACCACAAGGAGCCAACUCAAACACCUCUGCCUUCGGAUGAUGAACUGGGACAGGGCACUGAAGGCAUCACAAGUCCCAUGGAUACGCCCAGAGAUGAAAUCCUCCACAGGACCACAACCAGUGUGACCAAAACUGUCGUAGAGUUCCUGGAUGAUGCUGACCAAGAGAAAGCAACCAAGGAGCCACUGGCACCUGGCACUGCACCUGGAAGGGAAGGUGAACCAGCAAACACCACAGAUGGUUCCCAUGUCCAUGUCCAUGGGAUACCUGAGGUUUUUUCAGACAUUGAGGACCGUUUUAUUCCCGUGCAGACUCCUCUUACUACCAGCUCUACCUCAAGUGUGUAUGGUAACCAAGGACCACACAAGGGACAUUAUGAAUCCACUACUUCCCCUGGAGAGAACACCACAACAAAAAUAGCUUCACAACCAAGGUCGGCCCCUGUACCAGACUGGCUGAUCAUCGUCGCAGCUCUCGUGGUGCUUGCAUUGAUCCUUGCCGUGUGCAUUGCUGUUAACAGUCGCAGAAGAUGUGGGCAGAAGAAAAAGCUAGUGAUUAACAAUGGCAAAGGGGCAGUGGAGGACAGGAAGACAAGUGAAUUAAAUGGAGAUAUCAGCAAAUCACAAGAAAUGGUGCACUUGGUUCAUAAAGAACAGUCAAAUGACCGAACACAAGCAUGUGAUGAAUUCCUGACUGUUAAUGAAACACAAAACCAUCACGAGUUUGACAUGAAGACUGGAGUGUAAUGGUACCACUGCCAAGCAGAUCAGGGCUGGGGAAACCAAAGUCACGCAGAACUUGAACAGGAAUUCACAGAUGCACUGUGCUACUGAUGUCUUUUGAACAUAAGCAUAAGUUCUAUUUCUUUUUAAUCACUUUGCAAUGACGCCUGAGUUUAAAAAUUGACAUGUGCUUUCUGAAAUACACCCCCAAGAGCUGGAUAAUGCUUUCAGUUCCCACACCCUUCACAAAGUGAAGUCCCUUCACUGUGUCCUGGAUGCUAGGAGGCAUGCAAGUUGACAUCAUUAUUCCCCAGAUGGAAGGUCUUCACUGUGUAGAGCUAAAGAAAUAUCCAGUCACUCCAUCUUACAGAUAUUUAAAGUAUUAAACAUGCCAUGGUACAGAAUUAAGUGAAGAAAAAUGUCAAGAGUAAAAAAAAUCAAGUUUAAACCCAAAAGGCAUCUUCUACAAUGUCUGCAACAUCAGAAUCCUUCAGAAAUGCCUUCUAGCCAGGAAUAGCAGUGGGUACAUUCAGAUUCUGCCAGCAUAAUCAAAAAGCAACAUUUUAUAAUUGUGUGGCUUGGUCUGCAACGAGGGAAACCCAGAAGGACAACAUUUAUUUAUCUCUAUUUUUAAAUAUCUAUGGACAUACAGCAAGUCUUCUUGGGAGGGGUAAUAAAGGCAUGAAAACAUGAGCUGAAACAUAAUAAACUUCUAUUCUUUAUUAUCCUAGCUACCUGUACAAUUAUCAUUCAGUUUUUGUUCAUUGCUCUUCUCCCCCACUCAUUCAUUGGUCCAAUUUUGUGCAUGUUUUUAAUGAGCCUGUUAGAUAAGGUAAUGACCCCAGCUCUAUCACAUAUGCACAAAUCAAGCAAUUGAGAUCACUAGGGGAGCUGAUAGUAUUUUGUUCCUGAAAAUAGGUCUCCAUAUUCCUGCUCCAUUAAGGAGAUGCUGAGCCUAUUACCAUUUUUUCUCCUCUAACUAUUAUACGAGAUUGCUGAUAUUUUAAAAGUUGCUUUUCUAUGAUCUCGCUCAUUUCCUCAGAAUUCUAGUUCAUUUACAUUUUUUUCCAUCUGCUUUUUAAAAAUGCCAAAAAGAAACAUUGCUUGCUUUUUGGUAUCAGAAGCUCAAUUUCUACAGAAAAGAUCAAAGCAAAUGAAACCCUUACCAGCCAUGUAAUAUAGUACAAUAGCUGAGCUGCAUUGUUAUAUGUUUUUGUUAUGUCCUUUUGUGUCUGUUAUGUAAAGUAUUUGUAUUAAGCUAUGAUGCUGUGCAUUAUAUUGAUAUGAAUUGUCAGGAAAAAAAUUAUUUACUACCAGUGGUCUGUGCCAUUUUUAAGAAAGCUUAUUGGAAUGGAGGGGGAAGUUUAGCUUCUAAUUGGACUGCCCCCAGGAAAUGCAGGGGAAAACGUUGGUUUGUGUCAGCUGAGGGAUGUGGACGGUCUGUAGCAGGGUUAUUCAGGAGUUCUGUUCACUGACCAUAGACCCUAUCUUUGUUCUGCUGAAGUAUGUUAUUUUAUGUUCUCCAUCUGAGGCAGUCUGGAGGAUGAAUAUUCAGCUGGCUAAAUGCUGACUUUAGCUAGCACUGAUCUUUACUGGAACAUAAAGCACAAGACUGUUGAUUAUAUUUGAGUCACAGCCCUCCAGCAGUUUCCCAUGUGCUUCACAGAAAUGCUCAAGUGCCCUGGUAUCUGCUGGCAGAUCUCCUCAGGGCAAUUUACACCUGGGCAGAAAGUUCCAAGACAAAGUGAUGUUUUAAAAUACACAUAGGAUGUUUUCUGACUUUAUGUAGGUCAGGUAUUUCAUCUGUGAACAGUGCAUUGAUUUAUGUUUAAUGUUUUUAAACACGCUUUUCUAUUUGUCAUUAGAAAUCAAAAUGAUCUGUUGAAGGCUGUGCUUAAACUGGUGUUAGGUACUCAUUCCACUAAGUAUGGAGAUCCAGAGUAAGAAUUAUUCCUCCCUUUAAAUCCUAAAUGAAUAUAAGUCUCAGUGAGGAUUUAUUUCAUUGUCCUGGAGGUUAAAUUUCUCUUUUAAAAAACCAAAAAAUCUGUGGCAUGUUAUUCAUCUCCCCAUUCAGAUGCUGAAUGAAGAAGUCCACAAACUUCUUUGUAAUUUAUCUUAUAGUCAGUUGCUAUAAAAGCACAGACAACACUGGUUGGGUUAUUUGUAUAUUUUUAAAUGGGAGAUGCUCAAGAGGCAGUGCCAUUAUUUUAUAUAUGCUGAUUCUUUUUAGAUUAUGUCCUGUGACUUAUGUGUAAUUGUUUCACUAUAGUUUCAAAACUAGACAGCCAUUUCAUAUGUGUAAUACAGUACAUACUUUUAUUAAUCUUGCUUUUAUUAUGAGGGGUUGUUUGUUAUGUGUAUGUAUUUUUAUAUAGAGCACUCGAUAUAUUUGCGUAUUUAUUUAACAGAUUAAUCAAAAUGAAAGAAAAUGCCAUUUCUAAAUUGUAACUAGAAUUUGCUAAAAACAUAUUGGACUUUAAAAUAAGCAUCCAAAAUAAACCUGAUUCCACACUGAGGAUAAAAUGUAAGUCCAGCUGUUGGUGGGAGAGAAGUAUUCAGCCGGAUAGUGCUGUUGAAUACUGUGAUUGUUUUUUCAGCUUGCAAACUCCAAUCCAGGUGAGGUGAAUGCUGUGUGACCUCGUCUGCUCUGCCGGCUUCCCAUAGGCUCCACAGAUGCUCUGGGAGUUAGUGAUGAACUCAGCUUUCUCCUGGAAGCAGACAACAGCUACAACAACUUGGUUGAGUUCAAGAUUAACUCAUUGAAAUCUUGAUGACCAUUCCUGUCUCAUUAACCAACAGCAUUUGGAGAGUGAAGCACCCAGCAAGAUCCAGCCCUUCCUUCUGGGUGCUGACAGACAAACUGUGUCUUGGUCUGUCCUUGGUGCCUAAGAAGAAUGAGGAUCUCUCCUAAAAAUGCUAAGGAGGUCAGACCUGCGAUCAGCUUGUGUCACUCCUUUGUCUUGAGAAGUUUCAAAUAAAUGUGAUCCAGACCAGUGGAAAUACUGUCUAAAGCAGCAAGCAUACUUAAGAGAGGCUCUGCAUGUUUUAUGGGAAUGAGAUAUUUUCAUGAAGCAUUGAAGGUUGAUUGCUUCAUGUGUAUUUUGUUGAAGUUCUGACGAGGAAUAUUUGAUUAAAGCAGAGAAAGGAUGUGCAGCUGUCAUGUCUGCCUUUGUGAAUGAACCCUUUCCACAACACCAGUUCCAAAAUUGUACUUUUGCAGUUUUUCACAUGAUAGGGAUUUUUUUGUGUGUCCCUUGUCAACAACAACGGCCUCUGUACUAAUUAGUUUGAAGCAUGUUGCCUGGAAUAUCUUUUAGGAGACAAUUGCGAGUGUCUCUAGCACAUACCAUUCUGGUUAGGGUUGGUCCUAAUUAUUCUUUCUGUAGAUGAAGGAAAUAAAUCCUCUGACAACUGUGUUCUGCUUCCACAUACAAAGACACCAGGGUGUUUUGUAAGUCGGC